UUCCCUGCCAACAUGGUCUUGCGGUUUGGAUAUGAUCUCCGCCUCGCUUUGAUUGAUGCGUUCCCGUGGGCACAGGACAUGUUAUUUAUGGUCCAAGUUCAGGGCGUCAAAGAGGCUAACCAGCACAACCCUGGUAAUGAACAAGUUGCAACAACGGCUUUGAGGCGUGCAAUGCAUGAUCUCGACUACCUUGGACUUCUGGAUGAAACGCAUUGCUAUAUUGAUGUGGGCCUAGAGCUAUCUGAGCCAAACCACGCAUAUCAAUGGCGAACAGAUGCUCACGGAAAGAUUAUCCUAGCAUACACUACUUCCUACGAUGCCAGAACAGCAGCUACUGCCACAAGGUCUCGCAGUUACCAGAAAGAUUGUGCCUCUGGCUUAAUGCACGUUGCCGGAUUUCGUGUUACAUUGGCCGCAAGGAAUCCAGAUGAACCUGUCUACAUGCAGGUUUAUACCACAGACAAAGCGCUCGUCCACCAGCUCGAUGGUGGACGACAUGGCUUGGCCCUCACUGGACAAGCUGCCUUGAGCCAUACCACUCCACCGCACAUGAACAAUAUGUACCGACUCUUCAGACAUGCUGCACAGCACCACGACUGCGCUGCUAGACUCGAGGUGCGAUUGCCCAUCAGCGCAGCAGCGCAGCAGUGUGGAGUGCCCUUUCAGUUGCAGUGGAGUUGA